CCUUUUAUUUAAAUAAUUUGAACACCUUAUUUUUUUAUCUUUUCAUUAAUGUCUUUUAUUUGUUAGUUGAAGAAAAAGAAAAAUAUUCUCCAAGCGUGUUAAUUUGUAUUACAUUGAAAAUUUUCUUUACGACUAAGCUGUUCAGCCGUGACAAUGUGCCCGGUAUUCACUGGAAAGUAUUGCAUCUUAUGUUUUCUCUUCUGUUUGCUUCUGUCGCCUUCUUCUCCCAGUAAAUCUGAGAAAACCCGGCUUUCACCACCACCGUCACCAAAUACGACACCGCCACCACCACAAUCAUCGCAUAAUGCUAGACAUGAAGACAAUUACAAGCAAAAAAGUACCCCAUCUUAUGAGAAAACUAGUCUUAAUUUCGAUUCCGAACACCAAAUCUCCCUACCCCAUAGUAGGAACACUACUUUACACUACAUAAAAAUUCUUUUUGACAAAUACGGCGAAGCCGACACUUUGACAUUAGACGGUUUGAAACUAUUACUUUACAGCCUCGGCCUUCAAACUGGCCAGAAUGUCUCCGAUUUGUUAUCCGCAACUUCCAAGUCUCCUGUCCCCUCGAAUCCAUCUUUUCUUCAUUCUUCGAAAGCUUCCACACUUGUCGACAGCACGGAAGGGCUGAAUUCUGUUCAAGGUGCUCGCUCCAGGAGACACGUAUCUAGUCACAUAUCAACUGAUUCCAACAACAAUGGGAAAAACAACAACCGUCCAUCAUCAGCGUGUAUGUCGUUGACCGACUACCUGUCUAUUUUCCAUUUCACUAACACCAAUAAAUUGACUUCAGAACAGUUUAUCAGUCUAUGCCCAGCUUUCCUUCAGCAGCUUGAUAGCAAAGCCUGUAACCAUCAUAACGAUAGUGAACACAAUCAUCAACAUAAUCAUGAUGACCAUAAUCAUGAACACACGGGACACAUGGACGCUAGUCAUGAACACAACACUACAUGUCCAACACGAACUGUUUCCAAUAUACCUUAUGAAGUCUGGCUGUGGAGUUUCUUAGCAGUACUUGGUAUCAGCUCUGUUGGGUUAUUUGGUGUUUGUUUAAUUCCAUUUAUGCAGAGAGUGUUUUAUAACCAUCUGCUUCAGUGGUUAGUAGCAGUCGCUAUUGGAGCACUCUCCGGUGAUGCACUUCUUCACCUACUACCUCAUGCUUUCGUAAAUAACCAUGAUCAUAGUCAGUGUGACGACUCUCAUUCUGUUCCUCAUGAUAGAAGUUCCAUUUUAAAAGGAAUGGUUGGAUUGCUUGGAAUUGUUGUUUUUUUCAUUAUGGAAAGAGUUAUGACAAUUGUUACAUUAAUGCGUACUGAAAAAAGAAAUAAGAAGAAGAAGCGAAACUGCUCCCAUGUUUCAACUAUUUCAGAAGGAGACUCUAGUAUUGGAAACAAAUUAAGCUCUCAUCGUAGCCGCAGUUCACACUAUCAAUCUUGUGAAGAUGUUGUUAUGAUGGUACACCCUAACAGAGCAUUAAAAGACUUGGCUGAAGAUAGCCAUGCUGAUAUGAUAGAAUGUAACCAACAGCAGGUUCAGCAGUCAGAUGAAGAGCACACAACAAUGAUGUCCCCAUCACAUGGUCCGAAUAACCAAAAUACCUCUAGUUUUUACCAGCAACAUGGUCAUUCUCAUGUCCCCUGCAUUGAUGCAGAUGGCCACAAUAUUCCUGCAAUGGCUUGGAUUGUUGUUAUUGGUGACGGUAUCCAUAACUUGUGUGACGGUCUAGCAAUUGGGGCCGCUUUUGGUUUCAGUACAACAGUAGGAUGCAGCACGGCCAUAGCUGUACUUUGUCAUGAACUACCUCAUGAAAUAGGAGAUUUUGCAGUAUUACUGAGGGCUGGCAUGAGUCUUCGUAAAGCCAUAACCUACAACAUUAUUUCUUCUGUGCUCUGCCUUUUUGGAAUGAUAAUUGGAGUGUUACUUGGUAAUAUAAAUUCAGUCACAGUUUGGAUUUUUGCAGCUGUUGGAGGCAUGUUUCUUUAUAUUGCUUUAGUUGACAUGUUGCCUGAAAUUUCUUCUGUUGAAACUCGGGAAGGAGAGCAUCCUUUUCUACAUUUGUUCAUCCAAUGUUUAGGAUUGCUGUUUGGUUCUGGCAUUAUGUGGUUGAUUGCAUAUUAUGAACACGAUCUAAUCAAUGCAUUCUAAGCUAUAUCUUAUUUCCUCCCUACUCUCUAAAAACCUGUCUCUUUGACCGUUCUACAUCUCCCCCACUUCAACACCCACUUCUUCGGUUCCUUGAUAUUAGAAAUGCCGGUGCUAAAUUCCCCUCUUUGAGGUGAUGGAUAAAUGCUGUUAUUUAAAGUGCAUCAGCAUUGAAAUAUUCCCUUUGUGCUGUUUGGCAUGCAACAACAUAACCUACAGAUCAAAGCAAAUAUGAGAGAGUGGACUCUGUCUUGAACCACCACCUCCAUUCUCUCUUUUCUCUUGCUUGUUAAAUGAGAUUUUAAUAUUUUAUCCUGAUUCUAUACUUGCUUCUCAUUAGAUUAUUUUAAAUAUUCUCAUUCUGGUGAUGUGGUCUUUUGGCUUAUUAGAGUAUGAAUGUAUUUUUAUUUUUAUCCCAUCUCCACAAACAUAUCUAAUUCAUGUAAACUAUACGAUGGAUUUUGUUUUCCAUUCCAUGCUUGUUAUUCAGGGUUGCAAACAAAAUUUCUUUUUCUCAGAAUUACCAGCUUUUCUAAUUUAAUUACCUCAAUCUCAUAUUGUCUCUUUAUCUCAUUUACUAAAAUCAUUUGACACUAAAUACAUGCUUCUGCUGAUAUCAUCACCACCAUCAAUCACAACAACAACCAUCAUCAUCAUCAUUUUUACUUACAUUUGAAGAAUGUUUCUGCAAGCUGGUCUUUAGAAGGGAUUGGGAACGGACCAAAGAUUUACUAAAAUUCUGUUCAUCAUGUUGGUUUAACAGAAAAAUACACAAUGACACUUCAUGACUUAUUUUUCAAAAUAGUUUUUAAGCAUUCUGUUAUUUAUUAUAAAACAUUUUAACUAGAAAAUAUCAUUGGUUAUACAAUCCUAUGAAAUAAUGUUUUAUCUAUUAGCUCAAUACUUUUGUUUUUAAUCCAUUUAUUAUUAAUUUGGGACCCAAGUGUAAGAUAUCCAAGGUUUUUUUUUUUUCUGUGUCUAUGAACAUGUCUUUAGGGGUUUUCUUUAUAACUAGUCAACUUCAUUUGUGAUAACUUAUUUCACAUCCCAACAUACUUAUAGUCAUGAAAUUCUGCACCGUUUUUAUAUUCCUGUGACUCUAUACUUUUUCUUUCUUUCUUUCCUUCUUUCUUUUUUUUUGUGGGCAGAAAGAUUCCUUUUUUUUCUUUUCUUAUCUUAAACUGAUAUUGAGUAAUUGAGUUCAAUGAAGAGAGAUUUCCAGAUGGUAAUAUGCUACUUUGGUACCUGCAAAGCAACAUUGUCUUUGGUUUGCAAUAACCUGCUGCAGAGCAUUAUGAGCUUCAUGCAAUGCUGAUUUUAUAAGUUGUACAAGCAACGAAGGACGGAAAACUCAAGAAUCCAGACGGUCUCCAUAGUCUGCUUUGUUUUUAUCAAUGUCUGACAGAGCACUAGAGAACUAGAUUUUGGUUUUCCCUUUUUUUAAAAUCUUUUCUUUUUUUCUUUUAAAUGACUUAGAAUUAGACAUUAUUAUUAAACAAAUAUGUUUUAAAUACAGAUAUAGUCACAUUCGUCUUAACACAUUUCUCUAGCUUCUUGCCAUAGUAGAAAUGUAUGUAUAUAUUUGUGUAUGUGAGUGUAUUGGUCUUCUUUCUUUUCUUUUCUUUUUUUUCUUUUAAGGAUUUAUCUUGGACCGAACAAAUAAUGUUUAUAUUACCAAUUAAGUGUGGAUGCAAGCACAAAUGACUGUAAGAGAGUAACUGGUUGGCAUCAAACAUAUGUCUCUUAGAAGAUAUAGAUUCUCUUACCACCAGGGACAUUUCUUCAAAAAUAUAAACAUGUAUGUUUGUGUAUACAUGUAUGUAUAAAUUGUUAUUUGUUUUUCUAUUGCCCAUGAAAAGUAGGAAAGCACAAUUUAAACGUAAAUAAUGAAUAACUGGUGACAUUAAUUUUCAUAUUAAACCUACAUUGACAAUGCUGGAAAUAUGAAAAGGAGACCUUUUAUUAUAAAGAAAUAAGGGGCAGUAAUGCUGGUCAAGGAUAGUAAACUAAAUAUCAAACCCUUUCAUCAACAAUAAUUUGGUUUUGGGACCAAGUUAGAAAACCAUAUUUUAAGGGAUUGUUUUAGAAUAGCUUUAAAUUACAACACACUACCAUUGACAUUUUGGAAUAUAUGUUUGUGUUGACAGGGAAAAUUAGCAUUCUAAUGUAUAAAUAUGAGUUUAUUAACUUGAAAUCAAGCAUUCAUUUUGAGUCAGCUUGGAGAUAAAACAAAAUUAAUUUGUUUUGUUGGUUUUAUUUUUUUUCGUAUUUUAAAGAGCUAUUCACAGGUAAAUUUAGAUGUUUAAAUUAUUAUUAUUAUUAAUGUUUUUAAAGACAGCAAAUGAUAAAUUUGGUUAGGCAGCAAACAAAAAUGUUUUGUGUCAGGUUCAUUUAUAUUCUUUGUUUGACUUUGCUUUUCGUCUUUCCAGGUUUGAUUAAAUAAAAUACCAGACAAAUACUGGAAUCAGUUUAAUCAAGUAACCCCUUCCCUUAAAAUUUGUGGCUUUGUGCCUCUAAGAAACAAUGGUUUUUAUUAGUACUACUACUAUACUACUAUUAUGAUGUGUGCAUGUGUAUGUAUAUUUGUGUAUAUAUCUGUACAUCUAAUUAUAGUUGCAAGUUUUAUUAUUAAUAUAAAAAGCAAGAUGAGUACCUAUAGUUGUUAUAGACUGUCUCAGGCUGAAAGACAGGCUGGUGGUAUUUGUACAUUUAGCAUUCAGGUUGAGAGAGAAUUCGAGAGGUAUAUAGUUCUAGUGCAGGGAGAGGAAUUGGAAAAGCUCGAGCAGAGAGGGAGCUCCACUGGUAUGUAAUAUUAGAGCAGGGACAAGAUUCAGCAAAUGUGUUUGGUACAGAAUCCAGGAGAUUGUAUGGCUGGGGAAAAGUGGGGAGAAACUGUAUUGUAUGGGUUGAGGUGAGGGUGGUAAAAUUAAAUUCCAAGAAGGAGGGCAAAAGCAGAAGAAGAGACAGAGAGAAGACACACUUUGUGUUCGACAGCCAGUGUUUGAGUAAACUCUUGUUAGACAGCAGUUUUCUUAAAUGCCGUCUACAAUCUCAAACAUGAAUGGUUGCUAUAAAGUAAAGCAUAUUUGGCCUUCUUAAGCACACAUAUAUGUGAAUGUGUGCAUCAUCAUAUAUAUAUAUAUAUAAAAAUUUAUAUAUAUAUAGUUCUAUUAGUUGCUGUUAAGUACUCAGGCAAGCUAAUAUACGUUAUAUGUGCAUGUUAAAUGAUUCUGCCCAGUACACAUUUCAUAAAAAUGUAUACUAUAUUUUUCUACUAAUAAGGACAUGAUAUUACUUUUCUGCAUAUAUCAAACCUAAAUCAAGCAGUUAAAUUAUGAUUCUUUUAUCAGUCCUUCUUGUUCUCAAAGAACUCUUUUCUUCAUAAAAUUGAUGCUUAUAAAAAACAAAAAUAAAUAAAGCAAAAUUAUAACAAUGCUCCAAUAAACUGUAAUAAAAAAUAUAUAUAUUUUGUUUUUAAAGUGUUGUAAAAUAUUUUAAAGAACAUUUAUAUAUAAUUAUGUUUAAACAAAUUGUGUAUUUUAUUAUUUUUUAAAUUAAAUUCUGCUCCUCUAACAUAAGCUUCUAUCCACACUCUUCCUUUAAAGAAUAACAUUCAUUCACAAAUGUGAUUGUUUUUAUUUUCACAAGUCAUACAUAAAUACUAAGAUUGUCUGUUAACUUCACACUGCUUAACAUUUUUAUUUUUAUUUUAAUAAGACUUAUUUACUGUUUGCAGAUUGUAUGUUUCUAAAAAGGGAAUCCUAUUUAAUCUAUUUCUCACUACUUUAAAAUUAAAUAAGCUUUUUUUUUUUUUUACUCUUGUUUUAUUUAAUUUGUUCAUUAUUCUAGACUAGAAUUCAGUUAAAAUCAUUGUAAUUUUCUUCCCUUCAGGUUUUGCUGUUAAGAGAGGUAUGGUGUAGGUUCAUGGCUCCUUGUCAACUAUUGGUGUUUGUGUGUAUGUGUUAAAAAAUGUUGCUUUUCUAGUCUUUUUUUUUUUUUCAUUUGAUACAGAAUGUAGUAAAACCUAUGUUGAUGCAUCCUUAUCAGACUUACUGUGCUCAUUAUUAAAAACAAACUUUUCUCCUGCUGAAGUUUACCCAAGAAUUACAAAACAAUAAAAUGCAGUUUGAUAUGACUUGUGUUCCUAUUUGUAAGUCUUCCAGAAAAUAAUUGAAGAGAGCAAAAAUACUGGGAUCACUUGUUAUUUUUGCAUUACUUCAUUUGGCAACAUUUUACUUGUAUCUAGAACAAUCUAAAUGGUUCUUCAGUUUCUUUUCCUUUCUCUUUAUUUUAUGUUUUUUUUUUUACUUUUUCUUUUACAAAUCUUCAUUUUAUUUAUUUAUUUCCAGAUCUGAAAAGUCUUUUCUUUUCUUUUUUUAUGUUUCUUCAUUUCCCCUGAACCCAAAUAUCUUUAAAAAUAAGUAAAUCAUUUGAAUUUUUGACUUUGGCUACAAUUUGUUUCAUUCAUUUUUUAACACAGUUUUAGGAGAGUCACUAUAAUUGCAAACAGUUUUCUGAUAAAGAAUUGAGAAACAGAUUUUGAGUGUAGAUUCACUGUGAGGAAAGAAAAACACAAAAUAAUAAUGGUUUCAUAUCUUUUUAUAGAUAUUCAUCAAUCAAAAAUUAGUGAGAGCUUUAUUACCUUCUGUCAAUAGAAUGAAACAUCAGAGCAGUUGAAUGGCAGAAAUACAGGAGUGUUGGACGAAAUACUGUGUGGAGUGUUGUGUCACAUCCCCUUUAUGUUCAGAGUCCAACUCCAGCUAGGGCUAACUUUGCCUUUCAUUCCCCCUGGGAUUGAUAAAAUAAGUACCAGUAAUUUACUGGGAGUUGAUCCAAUCAACUAUAUAUAUAUAUAUACCCCUUCCCAACAAAUUUGUGGCUUUGUGCCAAAGUUAGAAAUGAAUAUAAAACAUUAGCCUCUCUACAUGUAAUAAAUGUACAUAUGUAUGUGUAUAUAUGUAUAUAUAUAUAUAUAUGUAUGUAUAUAUAUGUAUGUAUAUAUAUAUAUAUAAAAUUAUGGCUGGUGUAUUUCUUUGGGGCAAAGAUAUCUGACAGUAAUGUCGGUUUGUAUGUAUGUAUGUAUGUGUGUAUAUAAUGUUUUAUUUUUUUCUCUUUUGUUGGAAGAUUGAUCUUUGUAAGAUGUUUUAAUUAAAAACAAACUAAAAAAAAAUAAUAAAUUGACAUAUCAAAUCAUAGGAAGCAGGGCAUUUAACCCGCUUUUAAAUAAAUAACCUACCAAAAUUUGAAAAAGUUAAAAAAAAACAAAACAAAUUUGGUUUCUUCUGCAUUGAUUGAUUGAGUAUUAUGUCUGUAAAUAUUCCAAUGAAUGGCAAAUCCUAAAGUUUACCAUGACACUAUACUUAUAUAACAUUCCUGUGAAACAGUGGAAAGAGACAGUUGCUUCACCAUAAUUUUUAUAAGAAAAUAAAAUUAAAAUGUAAGAUAUAUAUUAUAGCUUCCACUGAAUUUUCAUAAAUUGAUGUGGCAUACAGAUUUUCUAGCUGGGUACAAUUCAAUUUUGUCUAAUUUGUUUAUCUACAAUUGUUCCUUGGCACUGCUGAGUUAGAAAAAAGAGUUUUUUUUUUUUUUUUGUCUUUUCCCUUCCCCUCAAAUUCCUUCCAAUGUGAUUCCCCUCCUCCCCGAUUUUUGAUGCUGAUUUAAAUAAAAAGAGAAAUUCAUAAAUAAAGUUGAGAUGUUUUUCAAAGAA